UGCUUAUAUAAAUUGAGGACCCCUCCUUCUCCCACCUUCUCAUUACUGUCUAAACGUUUCUAUCAUUCUCAUAGUGUGCUAAAACAAAGCUUCUCAAAAUAUUUUCUAGGGUUCCGCAGCUUCACAUUAGUUUUUUCCUCUUUAAAUUCGUAUCCAAAAUCUCUCUGUUUGAUCCAAAAAAGUGAUAUACAAAAAUGGGUGCUCUCGAUCAUUUUUCUUAUCUCUUUGAUUGCUCCCAUGGUCGUAAUAAGCUCAAAAAGCGCAAGCAAUUGCAGACGGUGGAGAUCAAGGUGAGGAUAGACUGCGAAGGGUGCGAGAGGAAGGUGAAGAGAGCGGUGGAGGGAAUGAAAGGUGUGAAACAGGUGGAUGUGGAGCGGAAAGCUAACAAGGUCACAGUCAUCGGAUACGUAGAGCCGUCCAAGGUUGUUGCCCGCAUGGCACAUCGGACGGGCAAGAAGGCCGAGCUGUGGCCCUAUGUGCCAUACGACGUCGUCGCUCAUCCAUACGCACAAGGGGUGUACGAUAAGAAAGCUCCGGCUGGGUACGUGCGGAAUGUGCAGGACCCUCAGCUUAGCCAGCUGGCACGUGCGAGCUCCACGGAAGUGCGGUACACUACAGCUUUCAGUGAUGAAAAUCCCGCCGCUUGUACUAUUAUGUAACCGUGCUCACAUUAUUAAUAUGCAAUCAUAUUUUUUUAAGAAGCCGUAGAUUCCUUAGUGGUCCUUCGGAAUAUUUGUAAGGUUGUGAAUUUUUUCAAUUUUUAUAUGUCGGUCAAGUUUGUGAUUAGAUCUGUUUGAGAAUCUUAUCAGUAACUAAUUGGGGGAGUUUGUUUGUAUCUUUGAUUGUAAAUGGAAUUGUCGAAUUUUAAUUAUAUAUAUUUUUGCUGUAA